GCUUUUCAGUGAAACUGUGAAUCUGAAGUAUGACUUCUUUCUUCUGCAGGUUGGAAAAGAGACUGUGCAGACAACGGAAGACCAGAUCUUGAAAAGGGAUAUGCCACCAGCAUUUAUCAAAGUGGAGAAUGCCUGCACGAAACUUGUUCGGGCAGCCCAGAUGCUGCAAGCAGAUCCUUAUUCAGUACCAGCUCGUGACUAUCUCAUUGAUGGGUCAAGAGGCAUCCUGUCUGGAACGUCAGACUUGCUUCUGACAUUUGAUGAAGCAGAGGUCCGUAAAAUCAUCCGAGUCUGCAAAGGAAUAUUGGAAUAUCUGACUGUGGCGGAAGUAGUAGAGACUAUGGAGGAUUUGGUGACAUACACAAAGAAUCUAGGGCCAGGAAUGACAAAGAUGGCCAAAAUGAUUGAUGAGAGACUGGAAUUAACUCAUCAGGAGCAUAGGGUUAUGCUGGUAAACUCAAUGAAUACCGUGAAGGAGCUAUUGCCAGUACUGAUUUCAGCGAUGAAGAUUUUCGUAACCACAAAAAAUUCUAAGAGCCAGGGAAUAGAAGAGGCCCUGAAAAACCGCAAUUUCACAGUGGAGAAAAUGAGUGCUGAGAUAAAUGAAAUAAUCCGUGUCUUACAGCUCACUUCCUGGGAUGAAGAUGCCUGGGCGAGCAAGGACACUGAAGCCAUGAAAAGAGCUUUAGCCUUAAUAGAUUCAAAGAUGAAUCAGGCAAAAGGUUGGCUGAGAGAUCCAAAUGCACCUCCAGGGGACGCUGGUGAGCAGGCAAUAAGGCAGAUCCUUGAUGAAGCUGGAAAAGCAGGAGAACUGUGUGCAGGCAAGGAACGCAGGGAGAUUCUGGGAACAUGCAAAACACUGGGCCAGAUGACUGAUCAACUGGCUGACCUCCGAGCUAGAGGACAGGGUGGUACACCCAUGGCUAUGCAGAAAGCUCAGCAGGUGUCACAAGGUCUGGAUUUGCUCACUGCAAAAGUGGAGAAUGCAGCCCGCAAAUUGGAGGCCAUGACAAACUCUAAGCAGGCAAUUGCUAAGAAGAUUGAUGCUGCUCAG